UUGGUUGCUCGGCGGCGCCGUCUCCGCGGCUGCCUUCCUCGUCGGAGUGGUGGCGAUGUGCCACUGGCGGCGCAGCCGGCGGGAUCCGGGCCGGAUCCGUCAGUGGAUCCCGCACCGCGUGCUGCGCAUGUCCACCGAGGAGGCGGACGCGCCGCCGCCGGACCCGGAGCACGCUGCCACCGUCCCACCGACGCUGGCCAAGGCCAAAGGACUGCUGGAGAGGAGGGGCUCCAACAACUCACUGACCAUCCAGGUGCAGCAAUCUACCGAGGACACGGAGACUAUCCGCUCCGCUGGGAUGGAAUGCCCGGAGGUGCAGUUUCUAACAUCGGCCGGCAACCGCCUCUCGCGGCGUCAGCUGAGGGAGACCGAGUGGAAUUCAUCCGCACUGCGCGCCGAGUUCUGGGACAUCCCGCUGAACUUCCCCGACCGGUGUCCCAUGCCGGGCACAGGUGCCAAUAACAGAUACAACACCGUUAUUCCGAACGAGCAUUCCCGGGUGCUUCUGCCCGCGCGGCCCGAAGAUCCACUGAGCACAUACAUCAACGCAAACUGGAUCAAGGGGUACGACGGUGAGGAGCGGGCGUACAUCGCCACACAAGGGCCGCUGGCGCACACGCUGGGCGACUUCUGGCGCAUGGUGCUGCACCACCGCGCGCCGGCCGUUGUCAUGAUCACCAAGCUGCGCGAGGACGAGCGCAUCAAGUGCGCCGGCUACCUGCCCGAGACGCGCCAGACGUCCUGCUUCGGCGGCGUCCAGGUCACCGUCCAGUGCGCCCGACCCCGCAGCGGCUACACCGUGCGUCAGGUCCUGCUGCAGUGCGGCGAGGAGCGGCUGGAGCUGCGCCACUUCUGGUUCACGGCCUGGCCGGACCACCAGGCGCCGGACCACAGUCGCCAGCUGCUACAGAUGGCCGCUGAGGUGGAGACGGCGCGGCGCAGCCAGCAGCGCCGGCCUCCGGGCCCGGUGGUGGUUCACUGCAGCGCCGGUAUCGGCCGCACGGGCUGCUUCAUCGCUACCUCGAUCGGCGCAUGCCAGCUGCAGCAGGAGAACAGCGUGGAUGUGCUGGGGAUCGUCUGCGGCCUGCGUCAGGACAGGGGAGGAAUGGUGCAGACAGCCGAGCAGUACAUCUUCCUCCACAAGGCACUGAGGGACUUCGAGGCGACUCUGCCGCCCAUCGGCAGCGCGGACAAGAGGAUGAUGUCCAGCAUGCGCUGAGCGGAGGAGGUGGACCCUCACUAAACGGCACGGCGGAGGAUCUCAAGAAGACGUGACACGACGAAUUCUUUACAGCACGAUGCAAUAACCUGGCAUGCCUUCGUUGCCAUUUGGUGUUUAUUAGCGAGGCCAUUUUAUGGUAUGUGGGAAAGACGAUCUCGAGAUGCUCCGUUGAUUAUCAUACAAGUGCAGAUAUCAGAUGGCGAUUAGGAGUUAAAUGACGCUGGUUGCAUCACCCCAGCAUAUUCUUUUCCACUGGUUUCACGAGUUCCAUGGAUCCAGCCUCUGGGACACCCUCAAAUAAUCCUUGAAGACCAUCGAUCAUGUCAUGUGCUCGGGACUGAGCCAUUUUCAGAGUAGUUGUCUAAGGAAAAGCAAUCUUCACUUUUAACGCGCUCUACUAUCCACUGGCGCUAUUUUGACACCAAUGCAAGAACGACAAUGAGUAAAAACCACUGCUAUUCAUACAACCACUAACAUCUGUGUUACAGAAUCGAGGUUCGGGCCAGUACAUAAAUGACGCCAUAUUAAUAAUGCCCUGCAUUAUUCGUCACCAUAACGAUAGCCGCAUUAGAGGUGACGAGGUGCUGACGGAGUUCAUGCUUGUCAGUUCGCGAGU